CAACAAUUUUCAUCACUUAAAAUGAAGCAAUUUCUUGUGUUCAUAACUGCAGCUGUAGUUUUUGGGAAGGUGGUACUUUCAAAAGAAGAUGAUCUGCAAGAUGUGGUAAUGUGUGCCAAAACUCUUUACUGCAAUAGUACAGAAGAAAUUAAAGGUAUUUUUGUUGAAUGUUUGAAACUCCACGAGCAUCAAUCGUAUUCAGAUGCUAUUCUCCCGUGCCAUCCUGGGGCCGAAAAGUUUACGGCUGAAGACAGUAUGGAGUUCCUUUGCCAAGCUGAUGGGGAAGAAUUGUAUAAGACAACUAAAUGCGAAGAAGAGGCUAUAAAAAAUUCUGCAAUGGGUGAAGAAAUUCAAGGUGGUUUUGAUGAAGCUAUAAAGUGCUUUAGCAUGAAACUGGAUGAGCUUCAAGAUCAAUACUAUAGUACUUAA